CUCAUUUCUGUCCUUACAUCUUAAAUCGUGAUAUUGUUGUACAUUGUCAAAAUCAAUCAAGACGAUCGAACAUAUUCACUGCCUGAACCGAUUCUGAUGAAGAUGAUCUCCUUAUGCAACAAGAUUAAAUUUUUAUGCAAUUUUUCUUUAAAAAAUAACGUAUGCAGUUAGGUCUCAUGGAAUCGUCACGAUAAAACUAAACAGAUGACGCAAAUCUUGGAACAUUUACAUUUGGACUAUCGGUUGACCGCAAAUACUCAUUUAGACUCAGUCUUAAGUAGUUAGCAAUAUAAAGUGAGCAGUGAUAAGCACUUAGAUUGCUUCAGCAAUUAUGUUGCAAAGUUGUUCCUUUUAAAGGUUUAACUUGAUGUCUUGGAUCACUUUCAAGAUGUGGGUUCCUUUGAAACUAUUUGUAGCCAUUUGGUUACUUGCUCAGGGAGCAUGUGAUGCUUGGGGAUAUGAAGAUAAUGAGAUAAGCUCCUGCUCUCUUUCCAAUGAUCUCAUUAAGGAGAUAGAAGAUUAUGCUCCUAUUGUUCAUAAUAUUAUCAAUAUGACAGUAAAUGGUACAUAUAAAAGAUCAACAUGGCAAGAACUGUCAACAUUUGUUGAUAAAUUUGGAGCAAGACCAUCGGGCUCACAGGUUCUUGAAGACUCAAUUCAAUAUAUGUUGAAUCGUUCCUUGAAUGUUAACUUAGAAAAUGUUCAUGGGGAAAAUGCUACAGUGCCUCACUGGGUUAGAGGAUCAGAAUCAGCGACUUUACUUGAACCAAGGAAGAAGGAUAUCGCACUGUUAGGUUUGGGAUAUAGUGUUGGAACAGAUGCAGAUGGCAUUACAGCUGAUGUGAUUGUUGUACAAAGCUUUGCAGAGUUGAAAACCAGAGCAAAAGAAGUUUCAGGUAAAAUUGUGGUGUACAAUCAAAAAUUUGUUUCUUAUGGAGAAACCGUAAAAUAUAGAUCAAAAGGAGCAACAGAAGCUGCAAAGCAUGGAGCUGUCGCUGCUUUAAUCAGAUCAGUAACUCCAUUCUCUUUAUAUACACCACAUACAGGAAUGAUGUCGUAUGGUGAAAAUAUCACAAAAAUUCCAGCAGCAUGUAUCACCGUAGAAGAUGCAACUCUCCUCAACAGAAUGGCAGACAGAGGAGAACGAAUCAGGCUAAAUUUAAAGAUGGAAGCACAAAGCUAUCCGGACAAGAUAUCGCGAAAUGUAAUUGCAGAAAUAGUCGGUGUCGAAAAACCAAAUAAAACUGUAGUGAUAUCCGGACACAUUGACAGUUGGGACGUAGGUCAAGGUGCCAUGGACGACGGUGGCGGUGCAUUCAUCUCCUGGAACUCUUUAGCUAUCUUAAAAUCAUUAAAUCUAAGACCCAAACGAACGAUUAGAGCAAUUUUAUGGACUGCCGAGGAAAUGGGUAUAGUUGGAGCACGCCAAUACAUCCAAGAGCAUCGCGCGGAACAAUCAAAUUUACAAUUCGUGAUGGAAUCUGAUAUGGGAACUUUUGAACCCGUAGGACUGGAUGUAACGGCGCCAGUAGAGGUCAUGUGUAUAUUGAAAAAAGUCAUGAGCCUCUUGACACCUCUUGGUGAUAUGAAGCUUCGCAGUCCUGCAGAAGGUCCUGAUAUUGAAGAUUGGAUAAAUGCAGGAGUACCAGGGGCAUCGCUUUGGAACAAAAAUAGCAAAUACUUUUGGUACCAUCAUACAAACGCUGACACCAUGCUAGUCGAAAAUCCUGACGCUCUGGAUAUGAACACUGCAUUGUUCGCAGCAGUCUCUUAUGUAGUGGCUGAUUUGAGUUAUGAUUUUCCCCACUUAAAAUAACAAGUAAGCAGAGCGGUUUUUUCACCACCACUGCCACUAAUGGAACAAUCUGGCGAGCUACCGUCAAAGGCCAUGUAAUUAGUAGCAGUACUACUUGUCGAAGGCAUGUCAUUCAAAUCCGGAGAUGCCAACGGAGGAUCCU